AUGUCCAUCUACAGUCUAUCAAUCAAAACCAUCAAGUAUUCAAUCAUUUCGAUGCCCAAGAUGAGCAUAUUCAAGCAGUAUUCAAGAGCUAUCCGAUCAUGGUUAAGCGCAUCACCAAAUGGAACCAUUCGCAAAGCAGCACUACCUCCCUUUACUUUCCUACCUCAACAACAACAGGUCAAAUGUGAUAAAGCAAAAGCUGCCGCCGAUGAAGCAGACCAAGCAUUGCAUGAUCUUCUCAAGCAAACGCCAUGUCCUAAACAACCUCCAGCAGUAAGCGACGCAUAUCUCAGAGCGAUAUUGCAGCAGCAAAAGCUAUGCAACAAACGACAAGAAGCCCUACAACUAGACCUUGAGCGCUAUCAGAGAGCCUUAUACGAGCAAGCCCUAAACAAGGAGCCAUGGACUUAG